AUGAGAUAUAAGGCCAAGAAUAAUGUGGUGUCCCGCUACCAGCAGAACAGCUACAAUUGCAUCAUGAAACUUGCCAUCAUCUUCCUUUGUCUGGGCAUCGCCAGUUGUUUUGUUUUUCAUUUUACCAUCUACAGAAUAUCUUCCAAAAAUGUUGAAAUCAUGUCGUUUAAAAACAAAGUUGACUAUGUUGCUCGUAGUGUUUAUGGACUUGCUGUAAAAUCUGAAAAUUUAAAGAAUUGUCCAGAAAGUGAAAAAAAGGCAGUGCUGCGAUGUCUAAUUAAGGACCUCCACCAGUACUUGAGCUUACUCUCAGUUGAUAUUAACUGUACAUUGGAGGAGAUUUAUGAACUCCUGGAAAUUCCUCUUAGUCUCCUUAACAUACUGACAUCAAAGACAUUUGAAGUCAUUUCAGUCGAACAAGUGGACGUUCUUGUGAAAUCUGUUUGCACUCUAUCGGAAGGACUCCUGGCAAGUGUUGGAGUUCUUCUGAAAUCAAGUUUACAGACAAUAGAAAAUACUUUGGGUUUGUUAGCUGUUCCAGCCUCCAUUAUAUCUUCUCUUCACGAUAAUAUUGCAGAUGUCCUUAGCGGUCUUACUACUACAGUUCUUGGAAAUGCUCUUGGUUUAGUUGGUGGUUUGACCAAUUUAGGCGCUCUUAGUAGUUUGACCAAUGUAGGUGGAGGUCUUUUGGGAGGUGGUCUUUUGAAUGUUUUCGGAGGUUAACCAAAAGGUACUUCAAAUUACCCCAAAGGCAUGCAAUCAUAAGAUUUCAUUUCUCUCCAAUGAGCUUCUCUAUCAAUCAUUAAAAAUAUUUGCAUACUUUUCUUUUGGGAUGAAAAAAUCUUAUCUGAA